AACAGUACAGGGUGUCCAUUUUCGUAGGUUUUAUGCGGUUUUUGUUUUAUGAGUAGAGAAAAUGUACGGUAUGAAACCCGCAACUUUGUACCUCUACCCAUAAACGAGAAACUCCAUAAAACACACGGAAACGGGACACCCUGUACAAAACACACACACCUCUAAAAAUCCGACAAAAUAAACCUCCCUUUACCUCUUCUACCCCACUUUAAUAAGGGAUCUCUUUUAGCACAGGAAAUACAGCAAUAAAGCGCCACCCUCACAUGACGUCAUUUGCGGCCCCAUGCUCACUCCUGCGCCUUGGUUCUAUCCAUUUUACAUCCCGCACCUCUCUUUGCCUUGAUUUUCCAGCUCCGGAGCGGGUCCGGGUCCCGGAGUUAUUCAGUCAGUCAGAGCAGGUCGCGGCAGCCGCUAUGCUCACCAUGCCCUCCUGCGAAUUGCAGCAGCAGAGCCCUUGCAGCAGCAUUAAGAAGAUAUACUGCGAAGAAAGCUGCAGCUCGAUCUGAUGAUGGUGGACGACGUGGUGAUCGAAACGUCGUGUUGUGAACGCGAAAAAAGAACAAUUAAAUGAUAACUAACUGUAAAUUAGAGGUUUAUUAUUGUUAAGUGAUGUAUAUUAGGUGUUUUAUAUAAUACGAAGAAUGAACAUUAUUAGAGAAUAAUAUCUAUUAUCAUAAAGGAGCAUUGUAAAGAAUCAAGAGCAAUCGAGGUCUUCCAUUUCCAUUUUAAGCACCCCAUAAUCCAACAGAGGCCAAGUUUUGAACUGAAUAUUGUAUCAAAUGGAGCGAAAAGGCAUAUGAGUACAGCUUUUCGAAGGAAUGAAGAUGCUACGGACUAGAGACACCUCCACCAUGAUUAUUUUUAGCGAUUCCAGUGAUGAUACUGAGAUCGUCUUCACUUUGGAGUCCCUCACGCAAGCUGGGAUCAUUUUUAUCAUGGCCUUGGCGAUUAUCAUCACCAACGUACUUAUUAUAGCUACUUUUCUUAACUUUAGAGGCCCUUCAGAAGUGAUCAACUGUUACUUGUUAUCUUUGGCGGUAGCCGAUCUGCUUUGCGGUGUUGUCAUAGUGCCUCUUUCUGUAUAUCCGGCGAUUGUCAAGGAUUGGGUAUAUGGAGAUGUGAUAUGCAGGCUCGUAGGAUAUGUGGAGAUAACACUGUGGGCAGUGACAGUGUACACCUUCAUGUGGAUCAGCGUAGAUCGUUACCUCGCCGUGCGCAAACCCCUGCGCUACGAAACCGUUCAAACCAAAACCCGUGGCCAAUGCUGGAUGGCCUUCACCUGGAUCUCGGCGGCCAUGCUGUGCUGCCCUCCACUCCUCGGCUUCACUAAGCCAUUAUUCGACCGCGACGCCUACAUCUGCGUGCUGGACUGGGGCAGCAUGGCGGCCUAUUCCAUCACCCUGUCCAUUUUGGUGCUAGGACCCAGUCUGAUCACUAUUGUAUACACCUACACGUAUAUCUUUAUGAUGCUGCGCAAACUCAGGAGCGGAGUUCCGUUCCACGACAAAGAGUACGCCACUGCGUUGAGCGAGAACCUGUCAAACCCCAGUCACAUGAUGUCUUUUGCGCUUGUCAUAGCGUUUUGCUGCUCGUGGACUCCUUAUAUCGGUGUCAAGAUGUACGAGUACUUUACUGGCACGAAGAUCCAGAUGCAGUUCCUCCAUUUCGGGAUUGUGUGGCUCGGGUUUCUGAACUCGUUCUGGAAAGCGCUGAUCCUGAUCACAAUGAGUCCUCAAUUCAGGCUCGCGUUGAGGAUCUUCUGCAUGACGAUUUGCUGUAGGUACAAGGGUCGGAUGCAAGCGGAACUAAUAGGGAUGGACGCGGAUGAUUGACUAAAGAAGCGAUGGUUACUGAGGAUGAGGGUACCGUUCCCCGUGACGGGAUUGGCUGUGAGGGACUUUGAAUACUUGGUGGCGGAGUUGCGCCGGUACUGGUGCCAAUUUUCGGCCAAGACGCGAUAUCAGAAUUACUAGGCAGGCUGUUUAAUGUGAUUUUAUAAGGGUUUUUGUUCUCUAAGUCGUCCAUACAUUGUCGUCGUUAAUAGAAUUGUUAGGGGCUUUCAAAAAAUAUGUGCUAUCUCUUUUGGGGAGAUUCCUUACGUAAAAAUACGAUUUAUUUCGAAUAUUUACGAAAGAACAUUUACUUUGUUUUUAGUAGUCUUUUUUUUGGAAUAAGAAUAAAAUCCUAAAUUUCAACAAGUAUGCAGUUUGUGUUUUGCCAUCUAAAAUAGCAGUGUAUGGGCGACUUUAGGGUAUAUUAGACAGAUUAGAGAUGAUAGAUAAAAAAUUUUAAGUUGUGGAUUCUCUUAAUCACAAAACGUUAGUUGAAAAUAUUAAUCGAAAAAAGGUGAAACUAUAAUCAAAAAAUGAAACCCAUAAAAGGAAUACAGCAAUCAGAAGUGAUGCAUGGAGACGAAUAUAUACCUAAAUACAUAAUCUUAGAUGAUAUUUUAAGAAAAAAUCUUAACGUCGGUAACAAUAUUAUGCCUAUAUAUUUAUGUGUAAUUACGUUUUUUAUAACAUACAAGAAACUGAAUAGCUCCAAACAAUAAAACCGAUAUAAUUGUUCAUUACACAUGUCCUAAAUUCUUAAAUGUUGUACAAGUCAAUUAACUAUAGAUAAUAAGACUAUUAUCUAGACUAUAUUUUCCCUCAUGUUAUACCUAAAUAAAAUUAUACAGGGGUUUUUCAAAUUUUUAAAUCAACACGAUGUUCAAUUCGAUGUUCUAUGAAUUUUAAAAACUUGAAAUACCUGGAAUACUUUUUUUCGUAAUCUUGAUGUUAUUUUUUUUCUAUUACAUUUUUACCCGUUAAAAAGAGAACAACGAACUUUAUUAUAGUUUAUUAAUACAACAUACAUAUAUGAAGCCUAAAAAAUAUUUAAAAAAACUGGAAUUUUGUUAAUUCUGUAUUUUUUAAUAAAAUAAGUAUCGCUAAAUCAUUAGACUUAAUAGGAUGCCAAAUUUAAAUAGACUAUUAAAUUAAAUGGAUUUUAAUGUAAUCUGAAAAAAUCUACUAGAAAAAAAAAUUAAUUAUAUCAACAUGCACAACUCAAAUUUUAUUUAUCUUAAAUAUAAUUAUAAUUCUGUAUGUAGGCUUAAUUCCAGGCAUAACUAUAUUAACUAUAGUGAUAAACGUUUCAAACGAUUUCUAGACAAUGUCGCAUUAGAGGAGAUGCUUAAAAAUCUAGGGAAAUUUAAAAUUUAGCUCCUAAAAUAGGGUAUUAGUUUUAAAAUUACGCAAAACACUUUAUAGCUGUAAUACAAAUAAAUACAAGAGAAUUGCAAAACCUGAAAUCGCAAUAAAUACAUAAUUAUAUUGAUCCUUUUAGAAGAUUCAUGCCAGCGAAGAGUAUUAAUAGAUACACAGCUAUAUAUUAUAUUUAUUAUUUGUUAAAUCGUUAUAAUAGAGAAAUCUAUAAUAAUUUUUAGUUGUAGAUUAAGAAAAUAAAAAAAAACAAUCUAAAAAAUACUGUACUAUCCAGAAAAUUUAUAUGUAAGUGACCAGAAGUGUUAUUUCUUAUAAAAAAAUCUCAGUAAACCUUUUUUAAGCAAAUUGUAUAAUUAUUAAAAAGCAUCCACUUGUGUUAUUUUCGUAAAUUAGCUCAUACGUAAUAAUCAAAAAAUGUAUUCAACAUCAAUCAAAAGCUGUGGUUUAGUGAGUACUGUGAGUAGCCAGUAAAAACAUAUACAGUUUUAACAUCAAGAUGGCUUUGGAUCGCUUAUUUAAAUGUCACAUUCCAAAACCCACUUGAUAAAAAACCUUUAGUUCGCGGCAGUUUUUUUUUAAAUAAUUCAGAAUACAUUCUGAGCCUGUUUUUGAAUUAUUUUGGAUGGACUCCAAAAAAAAUAGAAACCCUAAGGAAAUUACUUUGUGAAAUCAUUUUUAAAAAUGUUUAAAAAGAUAGAUACUUUUUAAACAGAAAAAAAUAUUUUAAAAUUGUAAGUUCGAUAUAAUAUGAUGUAGAUUCGCUGUAUGAACUAUGUUAUUUGCUCAUCAUUACGACAAUUUUGUAAUAUAGUAUAUUAGUUUUGUACGGUUAAAAGUUAGAGUGUUAUAUGUAUAUAUAAUGUAUUUAAAAAUUUAUCAAAUCGAUCGUUCAAAAUUCUAAAUAUUUAAAAUAAAAUUAUUUAUUGAA